CAUAGGGCUUUUUUAGGGCUUUAGAGGCGCUAUGCAGCUCUGCGUUUUCGAUUCUCGGCGAGGCCAGCAGGAGGGGCAUGAGCUCGACAAGGUCCUCUUCUUCUACCCGCUCGAUUGCCCGCUCCCCUCCCAGCUCUCCCUCGUCGGCCUCAGCGAGGGCCUCAUCACAUUCUCCAGGAUAUUUUCCCCCGAUAGUCCUUGCGAGUUCAUGGAGGCCGAGAGGCACGGCCACAUUUUCUACGAAUGCGAGCCAGAUAUCUGGAUGAUUUUGGUGGUCGAGAAAGAUGGCGACCAAGUAACCAGAGAUGGUGCUUAUAGAAGCUUACUCAGGGAGUUGUAUGGUAUUUUCAGGCUGUUCUAUGGGAAGAUCUCAUCUCGCCUUGAGAAUAAUCCAGUCGCCGACGUUGUUCGCAAUUGCUUGUAUGUGUUCGUUCCCGACUAUAUUGGAGAUAUGAUGGCGGGGAAGACUUUGUGGCUUCCUACAAUCUCGGAUUCGCUCGCUGAGCAUGCGACUGUGAGGAUUCUCUCGGUGGAGCCCGACAUUCUUCUCGAGUGCCAGUCCUUGCUGGGUCUCUUGGAGUCGUGGAGUGGAGUACCUCAGCAGUCGAUGGUUCUUUUUCACAACUAUCUCAUAUCCAGCACGCUUUUACCGGCUGACACAAUGGCAAUGUACACGUAUGCUGUCUUGCGCAUGAUACCAUCAGUCGUCUCGCAAUCUUUCGCUCAAGGGUCCAAGAGGUCGUAUACUCGGCACUCGGUGCUAAACAGCGUCGUGUCCACGUUUGUGACAGAGCCCAAGCGUUCGGUGUCCUCGUUACACGAGCAAACCGUCUCGCAGCCGCUCCACCAUGACGCUUGGUGGCAAGACGUGGACGGCUUUCUCUCUAGUUUUGCUUGGGGUGCUGAUGGUCCCGGCGGUGGCGCAGUUAUUCCUAGUGUCUGGCUUCAAGAGGGAGAGAAGAUGACAUAUCUCUGUGUUUAUCAGCACAGGGCGCUAACUUUGCUGAUGUUUAUCCCGAGUGCCGAAUCGGUGGCACUUCUGAGGAAACAAAUCAUCGACCAGGCCGAUAAAAUCCAAGUGCUCGAAGAGAAGCUCACGAAGCAGUGGGGUGGGAGUAAUGCAAUGCAUGUUCCUGGAUACCGCUACAUGCACCACGACUUGAGUAGAAGAACUAUAAAAGCGUCACCUCCGAACAAGGUUGCUACGUUGGCCAAGGAAUCUCUGGCAGUCUUGAACAAGGUGAGAGGAGAACUCGACAAGGAGAAGAAUCGAUCAGAUCACACAGACAAGGAGCUCUGCUUGCGAACGAAAAACAAUGCAUGGGUUUCCGCUAGAGCCCGUGCUGGACACGAGCUCUACGUGGUACUCGAGAAAGCCAGUGACACAUUGCUAGUGGCCUCGGACGCUAUUGACAAGUUUAACAAAAGGCACUGUGAAGGCCGGCUUUCAUCAGAUUAAUCUUGUACAAAUCAACUUCAUCGCGAGAAAAAAAAAAUAGAGGACGUCGAAGAAAAAAGAGCUCUUUCAUUUCCAGUCUACACACAACUUUGCCAGAUUAUUUUGCCGUCCUCUUCUCCUAUCAAUCAAACCUUUUGGCUGCCGAGAUCAAAACGUAUAUUAGUUCUGCUUCACUACCUUCCACUCCACUGACGCUACCGUCCCGCGCGCACCAAAAAUCUAAUCCUUCUUCUCCUGUCUCUCAGCUCUCGUCCCAGGCACUAGAAGCCCCGUGAUGUCCACCACCGUAACCAUGACCGUGUCCACCGUGACCCCCAUACCCGUGGCCGUGACCAUGCCCGUAACCAUGACCACCACCACCUCUUCCACCUUUCUUUCGAUAGUCCCUGCCGCCAAACCUCGACCCCGACCGAUGACUCCUGCCAAAGUUCGAGUGUGCAGCGCAACUUGCCAGCCACUCGGGGACUUGCUGGUUGGCCUCUUGCAUUAGAUCCACCAGCGGCCUCGCCAGCGACGUAUCCUUGUCGGUGAAGAACGCGGUCGCAAAGCCACUCUUGCCUGCUCUUCCUGUCCGGCCAAUGCGGUGGACGUAGUCGUCGAUGUCGCUCGGGAGAUCGUAGUUUAUGACGUGGGCGACGUGAGGGAUGUCGAGGCCGCGAGCCGCAACGUCGGUGGCGACUAGAAUCGGAGUCACCCCGGUUCGAAACGACCGCAACGCGUGCUCACGCUCCUGUGGUUCCCAAAAGGUCACUCUAGCUACAAAGAAAACCAGUCACUUACCACUUGAGUCCGAUCUCCAUGAAUGGUGGUGGCGGAGAUUCCCAUCUGGAUCAACCAGUCCUCCAAAGAAUCAGCACCUCGCUUUGUUUCGACAAACACUAGUAUCAACGGAAGCUGUCAAAAGAAAACCCGUGAUAUCAAUCACUGGAAACAUUCUUGUUUA